CCGCGCCUUGGAGGAGCCCGGCGGCCUGCGCUCCGGCGGUGGGACCGGCGCCUCUUUGGUUCUCUUUGGGCGCCAGAUGGUUGUCUUGGUUACGGCUGCUAGCGGUGCCAGAACCUGCGCGUGGAGGGGCUGCAAGCAGAGCGGCUGACUGCCGACGCCCUCGGUUCCCCUAGGAGUCUGAGGUGGUGGCGCGUCCAGCUUUGGUUGUGCAGUAAUUGACGCUUUGGAGGAGGUUGAAUUAGAAAACUGACUCAUAAUAAUAAAAGAUGUCUCGAAAAAUUUCUAAAGAAUCAAAAAAAGUGAACAUCUCUAGUUCUCUGGAAUCUGAAGAUAUUAGUUUAGAAACAACAAUUCCUACAGAUGAUAUUUCCUCAUCUGAAGAGCGAGAAGGUAAAAUCAAAAUCACCAGGCAGCUAAUUGAACGAAAAGAACUGCUUCACAAUAUUCAGUUACUGAAAAUAGAGUUAUCUCAGAAAAAUAUGAUGAUCGACAAUUUGAAAGUGGAUUAUCUUACAAAGAUGGAAGAAUUAGAGGAGAAACUUAAUGAUGCUCUUCACCAGAAGCAGCUACUAACUUUGAGGUUAGACAACCAACUCACUUUUCAACAGAAGGAUGCCAGAAAAUAUCAAGAACUCAUGAAACAAGAAAUGGAAACCAUUUUAUUGAGGCAGAAACAACUAGAAGAGACAAAUCAUCAGCUAAGAGAGAAAGCUGGAGAUGUUCGUCGAAACCUGCGUGACUUGGAGUUGACAGAAGACCAAUAUACAAAACUAAAAGCUUUUCCUGAAGAUCAGCUUUCUAUUCCUGAAUAUGUAUCUAUUCGGUUCUAUGAACUAGUGAGUCCAUUAAGAAAGGAAGUCUGUGAACUACAGGUGAAAAAGAAUGACCUAUUGGAAGAACUAAGUACAAAUAAAGGCCAACUGAAACAACUGACAGAGACAUAUGAGGAAGAUAGAAGAAACUACUCUGAACUUCAAAUUAGAUGUCAACGUUUGGCCUUAGAAUUAGCAGACACAAAACAAUUGAUUCAGCAAGGUGACUACCGUCAAGAGAACUAUGAUAAAGUCAAGAGUGAACGUGAUGCAUUUGAACAAGAAGUACUUGAGCUUAGGAGAAAACAUGAAAUACUUGAAGCCGCUCAUAUAACUCAAGCUAAAGAAAGAAGUGAAUUAUCAAAAGAGGUAGUUACCUUACAGCAGACUGUUACUCUGCUGCAGAAGGAUAAAGAGUACCUCAAUCGCCAGAACACUGAGCUCAGUGUGCGUCGUGCCCACGAGGAGGAUCGCCUUGAAAGGCUUCAGCUUCAACUGGAGGAAACCAAGAAGGCCAGGGAAGAUAUGUAUGAAAAAUAUGUAGCAUCCAGAGACCAUUAUAAGACAGAAUAUGAAAAUAAACUACGUGAUGAACUGGAACAAAUCAAAUUGAAAACUAAUCAAGAAAUUGAUCAGCUUCGAAGUGCCUCCAGGGAAAUGUAUGAAAGAGAAAACAGAAAUCUUCGAGAAGCAAGAGAUAAUGCUUUGGCUGAAAAGGACCGAGCAGUGAUGGCAGAAAAGGAUGCUUUAGAAAAACAUGAUCAGCUCUUAGACAGGUAUAGAGAACUACAACUUAGUACAGAAAGCAAGGUAGCAGAAUUUCUCCAUCAAAGUAAAUUAAAGUCUUUUGAAAGUGAGCGUGUUCAACUUCUACAGGAGGAAACUGCAAGGAAUCUUACACAAUGUCAGUUGGAAUGUGAAAAAUAUCAGAAGAAAUUAGAGGUUUUAACUAAAGAAUUUUAUAGUCUCCAAGCCUCUUCUGAAAAACGCAUUACUGAACUUCAAGCACAGAACUCUGAGCAUCAGGCAAGACUGGACAUUUAUGAGAAACUGGAAAAAGAACUUGAUGAAAUAAUAAUGCAGACUGCAGAAAUUGAAAAUGAAGAUGAGGCUGAGAGGAUUCUUUUCUCCUAUGGCUAUGGUGCUAAUGUUCCCACAACAGCGAAAAGGAGACUAAAGCAAAGUGUCCACUUGGCAAGAAGAGUGCUUCAGUUAGAAAAACAAAACUCAUUGAUUUUAAAAGAUCUGGAGCAUCAAAAGGACCAAGUAACACAGCUUUCACAAGAGCGUGACAGAGCCAAUUCGCUGUUAAACCAAACUCAGCAACCUUACAGAUACUUGAUUGAUUCGGUACGUCAGAGAGAUUCUAAGAUUGAUUCACUGAUGAAGUCAAUCACACAGCUCGAGAAAGAUGUCAGCAAUUUAAAUAAAGAAAAAUCAGCUUUGCUACAGAUGAAGAACCAAAUGGCAUUAGAUUUAGAACAACUUCUAAAUCAUCGUGAGGAAUUGGCAGCAAUGAAGCAGAUUCUCAUUAACAUGCAUAGUAAACACUCUGAGAACAACUUACUCCUUACUAAAAUGGAAUCGAAACAUGUGGCAGAGAAUCAGCCGUCCCAGACUCUGGUGCCUAGAAAGCAGGAGGACGACCUGUUUAUACCCAAGCCAACCCUCUUUACUAAGAAGGUAGCACCUGGAUGGUCCAAGAAGCAGAAGAAGACGGGCUGCACUGCGAAGGAGCAGCUGUAGCCGUCACCUGCUGGGCGAGCACUUCCCGCUGAGCCAGUCCACAGCUAAGACCCAGUGUUUUGGAUUGGAAGUGCUUGCCACACCAUUUUUUUAAACUUUUUUGGGAAAGGGGGCCUAUAUCAUUAUUUAUUCCUGAAGCUCUUUUCCUGAUAGGAAAAAAAAUCAUCUUUAUAAUGUACUUUGCCAGGAGUGGUGGUACUCAUCUAUGA